CAAUGAACUUUACAAAUAGGCCUACUAAGAUCACUCUCAAUCUCAUCUCUCUUUAACAUUAACUUUGAUUGACGACUUAUCGUCACAAACCAUCGUAUACUUCACGUUAAUCAGCAGAAAAGAAAAAAAUUCAAUUUAUAAAUGGAAGAAGCUCCAUGAUGUGAAACUCAAAUCAAGGAAGUCGAAAAAAAAACAUGUCUUCUUUCUUCUCCUUCACCUUCCUUUUCCUUUUCUCAUUCCUCACUAGCUUCAGAGCUUCUGCUCAAGAUCCUUUUUACCUAAAUCAUAAUUGUCCAAAUACGACAACUUACACAAGUAACAGCACUUACUCCACCAAUCUCAAAACCCUUUUGUCCUCUCUAUCUUCCCGUAACGCCUCUUAUUCCACCGGAUUCCAAAACGCCACGGUGGGACAAACCCCCGACAGGGUCACCGGACUUUUCCUUUGCCGCGGAGACCUCUCGCCCGAAGUUUGCCGUAACUGCGUUGCCUUCUCCGUUAACGAAUCGUUAACUCGGUGUCCAAAUCAGAGAGAAGCUGUGUUCUAUUAUGAGGAGUGCAUACUUAGAUACUCUCACAAGAAUAUUCUAUCGACAGUUACAUACGAAGGAGAACAUAUCAUGAGGAACCCCAAUAAUAUUUCUUCUAUUCAAAAUCAAAGAGACCAGUUUAUAGGUUUGGUGUUAUCUAAUAUGAACCAAGCUGCCAUGGUAGCAGCCAACAGUUCUAGAAGAUUCUCUACGAUAAAGACCGAAUUGACCGCAUGUUAAGAACUGAGUACGGAUUCA